GGGCGCGAGCGAGUGGGUGCGUGCGCGCGCAUACAAUCAAGAUGGAUUUCAACAAGAAACCUCCCGAUAGCGCUUACAGUUCGAGCUCCAUUGCAGUCGCUUAAAAUAUCAUUCAAUAAUACAAAUAAUACAAAUGGGCAUUGUUACAAUACUAUUAAUCUACGAGUCAACGAAAGCUACGCCAUUGUGCCAGGGAGUGCGAGAAAAAUCAUCGCUGCUACGAUCCUUGCAGACUUUAUCUGCUUCACGCCGAUGCACAGAUGCACAGCGGCAGUCGAACGCAGACGGGACUGCGAACAUCUUAGAAAGUUCUUCUCCCGAUGCCGAUUCAAAGCCCUAGAAUUUCGAUUCUAGCUUCCCAAUAACCAACGACUUCUUCUUCUUCUUCUUCUUCUUUGUCCGAGAAUGGCCAAGACGAAAACAAUUAGUAAAGGAUGUCCAAAGUGCGAGCAGCAGGUGCCCGUUGCGUGCAAAGCUUGUCCCUGUGGUCACUCCUUCUUUAAUGCACGUCGCAACUCCAUCAAAAGUCCUCCCAGUCCCGAAGGUGGUGCGAUGAAGACAAGAAGAACGAACCGAAUCAAGAGAGAGAAGCCAAACUACUACGACUCCUUGGAGUACGACAAACAGACGAGGAAGAGCGCCAAGCUGAGGAGAGCGGCUGAAACAGGAUCGGACAACGAUUGUCGACAAUUGAAUAAAAAGAAGAAGAGAAAAGCAAAGGGCAAGGGGAAAGGAGGAAGCAGUAGCGGAGCAGGCGACGACGACGAUGAGAUGGAGGGUGUCAGUAGUUUAUCGCCGGAGAAGCAACUCACGUGCUCGCUUAUUUUACAAGAACUCAAUAAUAAGAUGGGCACGGUUGCCUGGAAGCCUAUGUGAAAACACGCAAUAAUGUACAGGUUUUAUUAAGCGAUUAUGAGGUGUUGAUUUCCAUUUGAACGAAUUUGCCAAUGACAUUGGUAUAUGUAACUACCUCGAUUUUGAUGAAAGACUCUUUAUUUCUAAGCUUAUAUGUAUAAUUUGUAUACAUAGAUUUAUUUACAAGAAUGGACGU